AUGCCCGGAAAGCAACUGUCAGAUCCCUGCGUUGACUGCAGUGAUGCGGAGGCUAUAUUGACGCUGCGCACCCGCCGUCUAUGCCAGACUUGCUAUGCAAGAUUCGUGAAUUUCAAGGUGUUCAAGCGUAUGGAGAACUAUCGUCUUCGGAGAAACAUGCCUAAAACCGGACCAUGCAAGCUGCUCUUGCCUCUAUCUUGCGGCAUCUCCUCUUCUGUCUUGUUGCACAUACUGAAUGCUCAAAUCCAACUUGAACUCGCCAAGUCGCAUCCCUCACCGGGCUUCGAUCUCCAUGUGCUUGUUAUCGAACCUUCUUCUAUUUCUCACAGUAGUCCGUCGUAUGAUGAGGGCUUUGGAUUGCUACAGCAGACGUUUCCCCUGCAUUCUUUUACUCGGAUCCCACUUCACAGUAUCUUCGAGCUGGAUCCCGAACUUCAGGAAGUCAUUUCUCAAUUUUCUAAGGACGGCUUUGUUGAUGAUGCCGGCUUAUCUGCCAAAGAGCGCCUUGAUGCUUUCCGUGCCUCGAUUCCGACUUCCACAUCCAAGGUUGAUGUCGACUACGUUCUGAUUACCAGACUUGUUGUUGCGUUCGCGAAGAAAAUAGCGUGCAGAGGAGUGUUGUGGGGAGACUCAGAUACCAGGCUCGCCGCGAAGACUCUUGCCAAUGUCGCCAAGGGACGGGGUUCAUCCUUGACAUGGCAAGUGUGUGACGGAAUGUCACCGUUUGGUGUAGAGUUCAACUUUCCACUUCGGGACUUGUUCAAAGCUGAGGUGGAUAACUACGCCAGUUUCUUCCCCGAACUGACCAGAAUUAUCAUUCCUGAUGAGCCACCAUCGGAAAAUGUGCUCACGAAGAACUUGUCCAUUGAUGAGCUGAUGAUGCGGUACGUCCAGACACAGGGCGAGAAGUAUCCCGGCGUCAUGGCCAAUGUGACUAGGACUGCGAGUAAGCUUCAAGCUUCCUUGACCCCUGCCAAUGUACCUCAAUGCAGCUUCUGUGGCGCUUUUAUGCUGAACUCAGGCAACAAUGGUGGCGGUGACACUACUGGUGCUAGCCGAGCACUCGAAUUAUGCUACGCAUGCACCAGGUCUCGGCCUGAAUUGACCUGCUGA